UGCCAGGAUCAGAUAACUUUGUCGCACACGAACUCGCUUGGCUUCGUGUUUCCAUUCCUCCUUCAUUUCCUUCAUUUCUUGUGAGACAUUGCCGAGAAUCCGAUGUCGCUUCCAUCAGAUAAGAUGUGGUGGGAUUGGGGUGGAUAGACUUGGAGAAGAAUAAUAUUAAUAUCGAAUGGUGGGGCAAACAAACAAACGAACUCUUCCCUCGGUUUGAUUCUUUUCAUCAUUCUUUUUCCGCUUCUGAAGCCCCAUUCUUAUUCUGCUCGCUGCCUCUUGUUUGCCUUUUUCCCCUCGCUCACCGUCGUUUCAUCCCCCCUUAUCUUCUCUCUCCUCUCCAUCCCUUCUACCCCUCCUCCCUCACCUUCAUAUCCUCACUUUUCUCAAUCACAAAAUGCCCUCCAACGAAGGCCUCACCCCUACUUCCCCCGUCUUCCGCGUCCUUAUCGUCGGCGGCUCAUAUGGAGGCCUCUCUGCUGCCCUGACGCUGGUCGACCUCACACGAGGAAAACUGGCUCGUUUCAACUUCAACCCCGAAGCCAAAGCAUGUGGCUCUCAAAUCCCCAUCCAGAUCACCGUCGUCGACGAACGUGAUGGCUACUACCAUCUUAUCGGCUCCCCCAAGGCAUUGGCAUGCGACAAGUUUGCACCCGUAGCGUGGACUCGGUUCGGCGAUAUUCCCGCCUUGAAGUCGCCUAACCUGCGCUUCGUUCAGGGGAGUAUCAGCUCCAUCGAUCCGGCGCAGAAGGUCGCGAAGAUCCUCGAUGUCCAGACAAAGGAGAACAGGGAGGAGAAGUACGAUUACCUCAUUGCGAGCUCGGGAUUGCGUCGUGUCUUCCCGACCGUCCCGCAGUCGCUGAAUAAGGAUGAAUACCUCAUGGAGGCGAAGAAGCAUAUGGAGAAUGUGCAGAAUGCGCGUGAGGGUGUCGUCGUCAUUGGUGGUGGUGCCGUCGGCGUGGAAAUGGCCGCUGAGCUCAAGAUCCUCGACCCCCAGCAAAAGGUCACGCUCAUUCACUCCCGGGAUCUUCUCAUGUCCGCGGAGCCAUUGCCCGAUGACUUUAAGGAUAGAGUCGGUUCCGUCCUGCGCGAGUCCGGCGUGGAGGUUGUCCUCGGCCAGCGUGUCGUGGACACCACGGCUGUCGACAUCGAGCGCGGCCGACGGAUGUGGAACAUCACCCUGGCGGAUGGUACCAAGGUCACUGCAGGACAUGUGCUGAGUGCUAUCUCCAAGUGUAUCCCUACAUCUUCGUACCUGCCAAAGGAUGCGCUGGACGUAGAGGGCUACGUGCACAUUCACUCUUCAUUGCAAUUCCAAGAAAAAAUCCCCAACGCCGAACACCACUUCGCCAUCGGUGACCUCGCCUCGUGGCCUGGUAUCAAGCGUUGCGGACGCGCCAUGCACAUGGGCCACUACGCCGCGAACAACGUCCACCAGCUGAUGCUGCAACAAGCCACCGGCAUCAAGCCCGAGUUUCUCACUCUCCAAGAAGCGCCUCCUAUGAUUGGAAUCGCUUUGGGUAAGAAGGCUGUGACGUAUAACCCUGUUGAAGGAACACGCGACGGCGAAGACCUCAUGGCUUCGAUGUUUGGCGAGGAUAUGGGCAAUACCGUGUGCUGGAACUACAUGCGGUUGGGAGAGCCGUGCGCUGCAUGAUUGAUGUAUCAUUCUUAUUCUUAUCUGGUUCCAUCCAAAGCAGGUCUUUGCUGGCUUCCUGCUAUGUUUAUGAUUUCAUUCUUACUGCACCUGAGACAGAAAGUGAGAAUCGCUACUGUCUGUAGGUUGAUAGUCUGGUUACCUACUUGAUUUGAUUGAUGUUAUGGGCCUACAGGCAUUGGCGUUGUCGGGAUUCUGAGAUUCUGUUAAAAGCAUUGAUUAGCAUAGUUAUUCAAUACGUAUGAUUUCUUUCAUUUCAUCUGUGCAUAACUAUCAUUAUCAAACAUGAUUCAUCAAUCUACUCCCUAUUCUCCCA